AUGCUCGUGCGUAGUGUAUUAAGCGUCGUCGCAGCCGGCGGGCCCGCGGCGCAUUGUGAGCGCGGGCCGAUUCGGCGGACCCGCCUCCGCGAAUCCUCAUUUACUUGCAUUAUUUUAAUGGAGCCAUUGUGGCCGGAUGUCCUUUGUCGUGUGCAGACGCGGAUCCGGCGCAGCGGACUGUGGGAAAUGUGCCGGUGCAUAAGUGCGCCGCCGCUGCCCCAGUCGGCCGCUCGCCUCGGAAUUAAAUGGCGGAAAGGCCCCGUUACUAUUUGGAGAGUU